GCAAAAGUUCCGCAAAGAGUGGACGAGGCUGGACGGCCUCGCAAGCGCUGCAACGCAGCACGCUGCCGCCGCGACCCCACCGACGCCCGAGGGCAGCCAUGGCCGCCCACGCCGUCGCCACCGAGAUCAAAGCACUACUACCACAGGCACAGGUGAAUGUCGACGUCGGCUUCAGACCGGGGACCGAGCUCGGCAUCGACGUCGAAUGCGUCCGGGAGUGGGCUAUGGUCAGGAGAGCGCCGAUCCAUGCCAAGGUGCAGAAAGGCGACGUCCUCAGUGCGAUCGACGGAGAGGACGUGCUCCUCGAGAGUUACGAAGCCAUGUUCUCGCGGGUGCUGAAGGCGAAGACGUCGGGGUUGCCGUACACGCUGACCUUUCGGCGGGCGCCUUGUUGUCGAGGGUGGCUGCGCAAGAAGCCCCGCGAAAGUUCGAGCAAAGACGGGCACAAAUCACUAGGAGGCUGGAAAACCCGGUUCUUCGAGCUGUCCUGUGGUGAACUGGUGUACUUUGAGAAGGAGGAUGGUGCCGAGAAAGGUCGCUUCGCGAUUGACGGCUGUUCUAUAGCUGUGGACGAGGUGUUGACGGUCGAACGCGGUGAAGAGAAAUUGGUCGUAACAGCGUCCUACGAGGAGUUGGUGAAGUGGGCGGCCUGGCUGCGAAUAGCCGUGGCCUUCGCGGCGGGCGGCGACGACGCGUUCUUUUCCGCGGAGCGCGACCGGCAGGCAACACUGGCGGCGAGGCGGCGCACGUCGCGGCGCUAUUCGCGGACGCUUCCCAUCCCUGUGGGGUGAUAAGCAUCUUGUUGUGACGA